AUGAAGAUGAAUGAGCACCAGCCAAACCCAACCACCAUCAUCCACCAUGGCUUACGAGCGAUGGUCAACCACCCACAAACGGACAAAGGUGACAAGGAGCCCAGGUGCCACGUCGCUGUUGGCGACGUGGCAACCAAACGACGAACGUUGUUCGUCAUUGUUUACUCUAGGACACCACAGACAAUGAAGGAACCCAAUGUCGCGAUGAGAACGACAGAAGACAACGACACGGGACAACGACACUACGAAAACACGGUGAAUACCCCCCGUCCCAUGUUCAUCCCUACCCACCUCGCUGAGACACAGGACGACGAUGGACCGGCCACGUGGGACAACGACGACGUAACGAGGAGGACACAGGACAAUGAUGUGACGAGAACACGACCCAAUGACGCGACGAGGACAUGGGACGAUGAAGACAACAACAACAUGACCAGGACAAGGGCCAAUGAGGGACCAGGGCACAACAUGACGCAGAGGGGCUGA